AUGAAUAAUCCAAAUGCUCAACAAGAUCUUAGUCUAUACUACAAAGGAAACAAAUUUGAGACUACUCCAAGUCCAAAGAUUAAGACUGCUUUCAGUGCUGAUAGUUCUUCUGCAACAAAUGGUAGUACUGUAACUCAGAUUGGUGGAUAUUCGUCGUCGUAUUCAAGUUUUGAUCCGAAUUUUACAAGACCAAGUCCUCAACAACAAAAUUCAACAAAUCUGCAAUGCAAUGUUACGUUGAAUAUUCAAAAUGGUCAAAAUCUCUCUCCAGAAGUGGCUAAGCAACAGAUGGCAUCACUUGUUACCAUAAAAAAGGGCUGCUCGUCUGAAAAAGAAUUGGAAGAAAUGGAAGCUGAGAAAGCAGAAGUUGAAGAAAAUUUGACAGAUAAGGUUGAAGUUGAAGGGUGGGAAGAAGAAGUAGAACUCGAUGAAGAACCAAUGAAGACUCAAAAGGUGAUUGAGAAGGAAAUAGAGAAAAUUGUUGAAGUGGAGAAAAUAGUUGAAGUUGAGAAGAUUAUCGAGGUUGAAAAUAUUGUCGAAGUCACGAAAUCUUGUCUGAAAUGCUUGGAAUCAUGCAAAUAUUGUGAAGAAAAAGACAAGGAGAUUAGCGAACUUGAAGAAUUGAAAGAAAAAUUGUUGUUUGAUGUGAAGUAUGUAAAAGAGUCGUAUGAUGUGCUAAACAAAACGGUUGACAGUCUGAACAAGACAAAUCUAGAAAUGGGAGCUGCUCAGACGAUGAUGAGUUCAACAUUAAUGACUAAGCAGAAGGUUAUCAAUGAGUAUAUUGAAGAUUGUGAAAAGUUGAAACAGGAUUUGGAACUCGAAAAGAUUGAAAAUAUGGAAGUCGCUAUGGGUAGAGGGAGAGGCCGGGGAGGUGGCGGUCGAGGUGGCGGUGGCGGUCGAGGUGGCGGUGGUGGUGGAGGUGGACGUGGCCGCGCACAUGGAGCGGCGGGGGUGUCGAUCGCGAUGGCGGUGCCUGGUGGGCGUGGACGCGGACGUGGACGUGGCCGUGGCAUUUGA